AUGGACCUGGAUCCGAGCCAGGACUCCGGAUCCAGCAGCAGGACUAAAGCGGACGCUGCCGGUCUGCAGAAACGUAAAGGCAAAGAGAGGCCCACAGGUUACCCCUGUGAUCAGUGUGAGAAAGUCCUGGCCACUUCAUCAUCCUUGAAGGGACAUAAGAAGAUUCACACUGGAGAGAAGCCGUACAGAUGUGAUCAGUGUGAGGCAGCUUUUACUCAAUUGGGUCAUUUAAGAAGGCACCAACGUAUUCACACUGGAGAGAAGCCGUACAAAUGUGAUCAGUGUGGGGCAGCUUUUACCACAUCAAGUGCUUUAACUGUGCACCAACGCAUUCACACUGGAGAGAAGCUGUACAGAUGUGAGCAGUGUGGGGCAGCUUUUACUCAAUUGGGUCAUUUAAGAAGGCACCAACGUAUUCACACUGGAGAGAAGCCGUACAAAUGUGAUCAGUGUGGGGCAGCUUUUGCCACAUCGGGUGCUUUAACUACGCACCAACGCGUUCACACUGGAGAGAAGCCAUACAGAUGUGAGCAGUGUGGGGCAGCUUUUACCACAUCAAGUGAUUUAACUACGCACCAACGCAUUCACACUGGAGAGAAGCCGUACAGAUGUGAGCAGUGUGGGGCAGCUUUUACCCAAUCAGGUGCUUUAACGAAGCACCAACGCAUUCACACUGGAGAGAAGCCGUACAGAUGUGAGCAGUGUGGGGUGGCUUUUACCCAAUCAGGUGCUUUAACGAAGCACCAACGCAUUCACACUGGAGAGAAGCCGUACAGAUGUGAGCAGUGUGGGGCAGCUUUUACCACAUCAGGUGCUUUUACUACGCACCAACGCAUUCACACUGGAGAGAAGCCGUACAGAUGUGAGCAGUGUGGGGCAGCUUUUACCACAUCAAGUUCUUUAACUAGGCACCAACGCAUUCACACUGGAGAGAAGCCGUACAGAUGUGGUCAGUGUGGGGCAGCUUUUACCACAUCAGGUGCUUUAACUACGCACCAACGCAUUCACACUGGAGAGAAGCCGUACAGAUGUGAGCAG